AUGCAGAGAUUUAUAGGGGUUUUUGCGGUCCUGGCCUGCCUGUUUCUUGCGACUGAAAACGGAUCAGCCUUCUUACUGGAAAGCGAAUGCGGAAAAUCAAAUCGUUCCGAAAAUUAUGGGCUGAUUGGUGGAGGUCAAAGUGCAGGCAUACUCUCGAAUCCAUGGAUGGUAUUGAUAAUAAUAGGGGGUAGUCCAUUUUGUGGCGGCUCUCUAAUCACUUCUCGAUUCGUUCUGACGGCAGCGCAUUGCAUAUCUCCUCUUUACACGAUCGUGAGAUUGGGCGAUUACCUAACGGUGAAUCCUGAGGAUGAUUGCUCUACGGGUAUCUGCAUACCAAGAGCCUAUAUUAAACAUGUCGAUAAGAAAAUACCUCACGCAAAUUUUAACAAAAUCUCAAACCAACAGUAUGAUAUAGGCCUGCUUCGAAUGGCUGAUGUGGUGGAGUUCUCAGACUCUGUGAGGCCGAUAUGCCUUCUUUUCAACGCACAAAUGGAAAAUGUUUCACUAUUUAACGUUACCGGCUGGGGUAAGCGUGAAGAUGGUGAAAUGAGCCGCGUUCUACAAAAAGCAACUCUAUCUAAAUUUGAUCGUUCGCAAUGUAGCCAGAAAUGUGAAGAAACGGUUGAUGAGACCCAGAUUUGUGGCGGAAGUUAUAGCAGUGACUCUUGUGAUGGGGAUUCUGGCGGCCCGUUAAGCGCAGAGGUUUAUUACAAAGGAGAGUUUCGGCCCUUUCUGUACGGCAUUGUCAGCUAUGGAAAACUCCAAUGUACAGGUGGAGGAUUAGGUGUUUACACAAAUGUGACAAGCUUUACGAACUGGAUUAUGGAUGCUAUGCUGCACAACUCCUCAGGUUAG